AUGGGUGUUAACCAUGUGAAAGAUGCUAACCACAGGAAGGCUGCUAAGCACAUGAAGUAUGCUAACAAUAUGGAGAAUCCUACCCCCCUGCGGAAGCUGAACGACAUGCUCAAGUGCGACCCCGCGCAGAAACACAGGAGCAAAAACAAAGCACGCGAAAGGUACGCAGAGAGGGAAGUCAACAAGAAGUACCUGAACAGAACAAAACAGAUUGGCCGAAAAUACAUCGAGCAGGUGAUGACCGAGUGUGGCGCAGACGACAUUACAGAUGAUGACUGGGAGAGCUUCCGAAGAGGAGGAAUUCCAAAUGAAAUGAAACCAUCUCCAACUAUGAGAAAGGAAGAAAAAGAUUUCGAAUUCACCCCUGUGUCUAACGCAGAAAUAGACCCUGUGGCGUGCAAGGUGAAGGGAGGAAAUUUGUACGAAGGCAUAGCAGGUGUACUGAACCAAGUGGUAAUCGAAACGGUUAGCAAAACAGGGGAAUGUAUUUACGUGGAGAACUACACAUUUGAAGCGUACGUGAAGGAAAGGGAAAAGGUAGACAAACUGAAUUACCAAAGGGAGCAAACACAGGGGGAGGAGCAGCAGGACAACCGAUACGACUUGUACAUACGAAACAAUUUGUAUAACCAAUUCCAAAGAGAAAAACAUGAGACGUUAAUCAAUUUGGAUCACAAUAGGUAUAAUAUUAAUGCUAAUUUUUCGAAUUACAAACAUGUGGGGUGUGAAGAGAGGGAAUCAUCUCUUUGGGGAGGCACAGAAAGGGAUGGACCCUAUAUCGUUGCUGUUACUGAGGGGAAGAGGGGGAAAAGUGGCUCUCUUUGUCGUUCCCCUCUUACGCGUAGCGGUAGGGAUGAAACAGGUGCAAACACGUUCAUAGAAGGACCCUCUCCUCAUGUAAACAACAACACUGAGAAUCAAACAAUGAGAGAAGGAUACAUGUUCGAGUCCGAAAUGUACGAUAGUGAAAAUAUGAAACUGACACAAAAUAGUUUCAAGUGCAACAUUAGCGAUUUAAAAAAUGGGACCUAUGUUGUGACGUAUAACUUGGGAAAGUGCGGCUACUACUAUUUGUCUAUAUUUUGCAAAAAAAAGGCCGUUGCGAAUUCCCCCUACCUCAUUUGCAUAAAGCCGAACGUGGCGUACGCCCCAAACUGUGUGGUGUACAAAAGGGUCAGCGGUGGGAUGGUCUUCCCGGCGAUCAGAAGGGGGGCAGGGAAAAGAAAGCGGAAAUUACACACACGUGGAAGGUUCAGCCGCAUCUAUAACGAUUCGCUACGCGCAAACGAGUUUGAUUUGGCGGACUCCGAUGGUUGUGAAUCGGGCGGGGGUAGUAGUAGUGGCAGCGGGGGAGAAGAAGAAGAGGACGAAGAAGAGGACGAAGCAGAACAAGACGACGACGACGAAGACCCCCCCAUGCACAUUUUGAAAUACGACGCAGGAGGGGACCCUGGCGACCCUGUCGCCUCUUGCAGCGACCAUGACAGGCAGAAGCAGUAUGAUAAUUUCUUCAUCCAGAGCUACGACGCCUACGGGAAUGCCAUCUCCGAAGGAGGCGACUCCUUUGAGGCGCACGCCCUCGGAGGGGUUAAAAUCGUUAGGGUGAAUGACCUGCACAAUGGCUCCUAUGAAGUUAUAUACCGCUACGUAAGGCCAACCACUGCAGCAGAUGAAGAGGAAGGGACCAUCCCAUACAGACAAAUAAACGUGACGCUAAACGGAUGGCACGUGAAGGGCUCUCCCUUUAGAAUUGUCCACAAAAAGGACAAACAAGUGGGCUACUUACAAAGAAUAAGAAACUUACUACCCAUAGAUGAAGUGAACCUGCUGGACCCUCUACAGAGUCUGCUACGCAUAAUGCAGUCUUACCAAUACGUGAAGGAAAACUACCUCGAUGAGAAGCAAGAAAGGUAUUUUAUGCAAUUGAGUCCGUACUACGAGAAGGAAGAACUGAACAAAUUACUUCGAAAGGUGGACCCAAAUAUGGUAUCCCUCAUGUCGAUACCGUUGCGACAACAGAUACUUAAUCAUGUGAUGCAUAUAAAUAACGACAGAAAACUGAUCCAGUUGAAAGAGGUCCUCUUUAGAGAACUUUCCCUAACCCUGGGGACGAUGGUGAAAUGCGCAAAUAGCUACUUUGAUGAGCUGGAAAAAGACAAGGUGAGCCUUUUGCAAGACAGACGCAGACAAGAUGUGAGCAUCAGAGAAGCUAAUACGAUGUAUGAAUCUUUGAAGGACAAGAAUAUCCACUCGUUGCCUUUCGACUUUUCCAUUAAAGAUAUGAAAAUAUACGAACAGGAGUUGGCUCUUAAGAAAAAGGAGCUACUAGAGAAACAGACUAAGCUGAUAAACAGAUACAACUCCAUUAGAGGCAAGGAGAAGAAAUUUUACCAGGACAGGGAGGAGGUCACGAACCAGCUAACCCAGAAGUAUGAGCUGCAUCAGGCCAUAUACGAGCAUUCGCAGAGGGCUCUGAUUCACACCAACGGAGCCUUGAAGAAAAUCACCAUCAGCAAUAUUAAGCGAAACUGCUCCGCGGAACGCGGUGUUCUCGGCGGCAAGGUCGGCCCCCCUGAUGCGGACGCGGCAGGUACUCACCACAUUAUGAGCGCCGACAAAAUGGGCACCAGGCUUUACCGCAUGCUUCCUUCCCUGCGCGCGGAAAUGACGGACAGGUGCGCACCCCGCCGCGAAAGAGCAACCCAAGGGGAGGGGCUUCUAUACGAAGAAGGGAUGGAAAAGAUGAAGAAGAGUUCUAGUUUGCCUGGAUUGCUCGGCUUGCCCGACUGGCCCAGCCAGAGCCGCCGGAGCCGCCUGCCCCGCUUCCACUGCUUUUCCACGCGGAGCAGCUCGUCGGGGAAACAUGUCGACUACUCCCUGUACCUCGUGACGGACGACAAAUUCUUCGCGGAUAAGCAGAACGUGUGCCGCACGCUGAUUGGAAAGGUCCUGGAAGGAGUUCUUGGCGGAGUGGGGUUGGUGCAGUUGCGCCUGAAGAAGGCAGAUGACAGAUAUUUUUACAACGCAGCCGUAAGGAUGAAGCAGCUGCUAGGUAAAUACAAAGUACCACUAAUAAUAAACAACAGAAUCGAUAUCUGUCUAGGUGUAGACGCUGAUGGAGUGCAUGUGGGGAGGACAGACGUCCCCAUGAACGUCGCGAGGGACAUCCUAGGAGAAGACAAAAUCAUCGGGGCAACCAUAAACUUUAGCAAUGACGAGGACAUUCAGAUGGCCCUGAAUAGCCAUGUUGAUUACAUAGUGCAUGAACAUACGUUAUAUGAAUCCACGACGAAGCAAAUUGCAGCUUCGCAUCACGAGGGGUUGAAGCAACAAAUACGAAUGCUACAUUGUAGGAUAAAGCAUCUUCAAGAGACAGGAAAAAUUUACAAACCAACUUCAAACUCAGAGGCUCCACCUAUUAUCCUCAUUGGAGGCAUUAACACCAACAACAUUGAGGAAACUAUGACCCAUUUUUGUCACUCCUGUGCAGGGGUGGCAGUUGUGUCCAAUCUCAUUGGAGAGAAGUGCAAUUCCUUUUUCAACUCACUAAGGUUAAGGUUUGUAAUAGAUAAGAAUAAAAAAGGUUACAACGACGCGUUUGUGAAUCUGUGCGUGAGCUGUUUGCGUCAUGUUUUUUGGACCAACUUAGAGGGCGACAUGAAAGGGGCGCACACCACUUUGCUGGGGGGACCACCCAUGGAGACACCAGCGAGCGAGGAAAAAGCCGGCAACUUUCGAUUGGCUACAAAUAUGCACGUCAAAAGAAACGUUCUCCACUUUUUUGAAAAUAAUCUUGAUUUGAAAAUUGUGCAAUUAAAUCAGCCCAUUGUGUGUAGUUCCGCUGGGGGGGGCAACAUUUUCCUGUUUUGUUCGAGGCCCACGGGUGUAACGAGAGAAGCAGACGAAGCAGAUGAAGCAGAUGAAGCAACUGACGCAACCGAAGCAACCGAAACAGGGGAGGGUGGUUGCCUCCACGGUGAAGGCAAAAGAAUGCCCAUUUCGCACGACCCAUGUGUAACCAAGUGGAUUCAGCAAAAUAAAAAAAUUGCAAACGGGGUGUUCAUUCUUAUAGGCGCGGAUUUCUUAUCCCUAUUCCGAAAAUUUUUGGCGCCUGAUUUUUUCCACUUGAACAAUUUUGUUGUUAUCACGACGAGGGAACAAAGCAGCUGGGAGACGCUGCGGUGUGACCUCCGCGGGGUUUCCAUACAAUUCAGUAACAAUUUAAUCAAUGUCGCGUUGAAGAAUAUCCACGUGGACAGUGAGGCAGUGAACCGCUUUGCCAUUUUGCUCGCCUAUUUUUUAAUGGUGCAGGAGAAGAUGAAGCGGGUGUCUCCCCAGUUUUUAACCCAAAUUGUGGGGACCGAGGGAGAAGCAACCGCGGACGCAGGGGAAGAAGGAAGAAAGCUUCUCAAAUUAGCCUCUGCGGUGAACAUGUCGUUCGAGGUGCUUUCAAAUGAGCACACGGGCUUGGGGUUGGCGGCCUUCUCCACAUAG